UUUUCCUGCGUCAUGCGGUCCUCCCCACAGCCCGCUCUCUGCCCACCCGCCAGGCGCUGCCCGCUGAAGGUGUGUUGGUGGAGGAGCGUGUGUGUGCUGUACCCUGUGCUGUGUCUGGUCGCUCUCCCCAGCAGACCAGAGGCAGUGAAGGCUCGCUGUGGCCGGGAGCUGGUAGCAGAUCUGGAGUUUGUGUGCGGAGACAGAGGCUUCUACCGGGGGAAGGUGUCGGGAGGCCGGCACGGGGCGAGACUGCGCGGGAGGGGCAUCGUGGAGCAGUGCUGUCUGCGGGCCUGCGACCUGCAGCACUUAGAGGCAUACUGCGCCAAGCCCGCCCGCAACCGCCGGCACGCGCCCAGCCACGCGCCCAGCCACGCCCCGCCGCCCUCAACGGAGGUGCUGUUCCAGGCGGUUCUGCGGAAGAGGAUCUGGGCUCUGUACAGACCCGCUCUGGCCGGAGCGCAGCCUCUCCCGGGCGCCCUGACGCAGCGGCUCCAGCCUCUCCCGGGCGCCCUGACGCAGCGGCUCCAGACGAGGCGUGCACAGCGCAGGCACAGGCCCGGGCAGCCCGGGACAGAGCGACACACAGACUGGAAGACGGCUCUCUCAGAACAGUAG